GGCGCUCUAACCCGCUGCAUGGUUUCAGUUUGAUGAACGAAGAGGAAGUCGACGACAGCGCCUGAUGUCAUCACGCAGAACGUGUAGCACUGAAGCAACAUGGCUUUGAAUGGAGAUGAAGAGGACUUUGAGUGGGAACCUCCAUGUGAGGCGGAGAUGAAGGUGAUCCAAGCUCGAAGGGAACGGCAAGAUAAAAUCAGCAAGCUGAUGGGAGACUACCUUCUAAAAGGCUACAAGAUGCUGGGGGAGUGCUGCGAUGCUUGCGGGACUAUUCUUCUACAGGACAAGCAGCAGAAGAACUACUGUGUCUCGUGUCAGGAGCUGGACUCUGAUAUCGACAAAGAUAACCCUGCUCUGAAUGCUCAGGCUGCAUUGUCUCAGGUGAGAGAGCAGCAGCUUGCAGCUCAGUCCCCUCCACCGACCCAAGCCUCUCAACUCAACGAGACACCCUGCAGCAGCAGUCAGGCAGGGGUGACGGUUCCUCAACCCCGACCAGAGCACUGUGAGGGCGCUGCUGCUGGAGGAAGAGCCCUCCUGCCUCCACCUCCCGCCCCAUCUCCUUCAGCUCCUGUCUCCAGCCCAAGCGUAGCUCCCAUUCGUACCCCUGUCAGUCCGCAGAGCGCCGCUCUACGACCUGUGCUGCAGGAAGCCGAGGAAGCAGUUCUUACUAAACUUCGCUGGGCCACUACCCAGUUACAGAGUUCAUCCUCACUUGAGGCAAGCAUCCAGCUCUGCAGCCUCAUCACCAGCUGCGCCAGCUCACUGCGCAGCCUCAAGGAGCUCAGCCAGUAACCACAGGAGACUGGUUGACUCUACGGAGUGACGGGAAUAUCUUUUCUUGUUCUGGCUGCUGUAGGGUACAAACUUUGGGUCGGCUUUAUCUCUCUGCCUAAUUCUUUGCUUAAAGCUCAAAUUAAAUGGAAAUUGGAUCACAAUUCAAAUGUGCUCAAGUUCCUCUUGAAAAAGUGUAGGUGUGCCGAUGGCAGAAGUAUGUUGCUUUUGUCAAACUGUAAAUUAUGAGUACAAACAUUCAUCAGUUGUCAAAGCAGAUCGACUUUCUUUAGUUGUCUUUGAUCGUUUGAUGGGUAAAAAAAGGUUUGAUGUAAAUAACAAAGUGUGUCUGUGAGGACAUUUUGUAGUUCAAAUUUUAAAUUGAGACUCAGAAUCUUCAUUUUCAUAUUUAAUCUAGAACACACACACCUUUCCCGCUGUACAUUAUUAGGACUUAAUAUUUGAAAAAAUUAGUGAUCCGUUUUCUAAUUAUGUGACUUAGAAUAAAUUCAGUUCUGCUCUGUAGAUGAUCAUUUUGUCCACCAGAGGGCGCCGGUUUACAUGCUAGCACAUAGGUGGUUAAAUAAAAAGUUUAUUCUCAAAUGUGCAACUUUCAUGUAAAUCCUUCGUUUUAACUCGCUAAUCUGAAGCCUUUUGGAAACUGACAGUUUUUCUUAUAUAAAGUGUUUGUGAUGAA